ACGGAGCAAGAGAGGAGAAAAGGCCGUCCCUCCUCUUUUAUCUCUCGUCCUCUGCCUCCUCUGGCAGUUUGCCAUGGUAGGGCGUGCUCAUCUCCUAGCCGACCUUCAUCUAUCGCCCUAUUCAGCAAGAGUACGAAACGGUAUACGGCAAGGCAUUGGCCUCUGGCUUCGGGGAUGAGCAAAUAAAGCAGGUGGAUCUCAAAGUCUGGCUCAAAUGGUGGAGGAGUUUGCUGUUCUGUCAUGUUCCACUGAGUACCCAGAUAGGAUCUUCCCCUGAGUUUGUGAGAUCGUGAGGAAACGGCGGAUUCAGUCGUGAAAUGCCCGAUCUUCGAGCACCAACUUAAGAGAUAUCUGUAUUUGAACACGCAUAAACAAAUCAGUUUGGCAUCUCACUCCACUUAAAAAUUGAAGAUUUAUGUUGCUUGUCCAUUUACGGCUCAAGUCCACCUGGGCUGUGAAGGUGUUGAUUUCAGACAACAGAAUACUUUUUUAGAGAAAAGUUUCGAUAUUUGGAACAAUUUGAUAGGAAAAGAUGGCUUUGUCUGCUGAAAGUCAGGAAUCAAAUGAUUCUCUUGUCCAAAUCUUCUCAUUAGCAAACAUCGGAGUCUGAAGGCAAACCUCUGGUCUAAGAACUUGGUAUUAUGUAUUUUCAACAAUGUGAUUCGCUUAAUCACUUGGUGGUGUAAGAAGGAACCUUACUUCUUGACAAAUAGAAGAAGAAUGGGCCAAGCCUGAUUCCAAUUUAUAAAAUCUCAAGGACAUUUUACUGCAGAUUGGCAUGCAUGAACGUCACUGUUCUUAAAUUUUGACAGUUCAUAUUUCUCUUCUUAUCUUGAUUCUUUGCGUAGCUUCUUUCUUGUUUCUUGCUUUCAAGCCAACUGAAAGGUUUGAAGCUACCACUUCUAGAUUGUAACUCUUAUACUGUUUCCCGUUUUUCACCACCAGCCAUGGUCAAAGGCUAUUUUGGUCCUAAAAUAUGAUAUUUUUUCGUAACGAUAAGGAGGUUGCUCCGGCACCAAAAUAGAAUCUGUGGCCCAUAGCAAGUUGUUCUCAUCUGUUCGGUGGUCUUUCUUUUGAGGAAGAAGAAAAUGAUGAAGCAAUGCAUAUUGGCCUGUUGCAAGAUCUAUAUUUCGGAGAGCAGAAACGCCAGAGCCUUGGAGGCUAUUGAAAGAGCUGCCACACUUCACCCUGAAGCUGCCAUUGUUAACAAGUUUGAAGAUAGUGCUUACAAUCGAGUUGGUUACACGCUCGUUUCUGAUGUUGCUCGUGACAAGGCCUCGGCUGGCAGCGCUGCUUCCAGCCCUCUGCAGCAAGCAGCGUAUGCAAUGGUGGAGACUGCACUGAAGGCCAUCAAUUUGGAAUCACAUUCCGGAACUCAUCCACGCCUUGGAGUGGUUGAUCACGUAUGCUUUCAUCCUCUGGGGCAGGCUUCCAUAGAUGUUGCGGCUCAACUUGCUAAAAAUCUGGCGGCCAAUUUUGGCGGCAACCUCCAACUAACAACCUUCCUCUACGGAGCAGCUCAUCAAGAGGGCAGACCGCUGGACCAUAUUAGAAGGCAAUUAGGUUACUUCAAGCCCAAUUCUGUGGACAAUCAGUGGGUAGGAUGGGCAGCUUCAGAUUCUAUGGCACUGAAGCCGGAUGAGGGUCCUAUUCAUUUGGAUCGUGCAAAGGGCAUCACACUUGUUGGUGCAACAACAUGGGUCGAUAACUACAAUGUGCCAAUUCUGUCGACAGACAUAGCUGCCGCUCGUAGGAUUGCACGACAAGUCAGCGGACGAAAUGGAGGACUGCCUGGGGUGCAGGCCAUGGCACUAUUGCAUGGCAAGGAGAGGUUGGAGAUUGCCUGUAACCUUCUGGAUCCCAGCAGAAUUGGAGGAGAAAGAGUACAGAGAGAAGUGGAGAGGCUGGCGAAGGAAGAAGGAAUGAGUGUAGAGAUGGGUUACUUCACUGAUCUGUCACAAGAACAGAUUGUUCAAAAAUUUUUGAAACUAAAGUCAGUGGAGUGAAUAUUGUUGAAAACUACUUGAAAUUAAUGCGGUAGUGAAUUGUUUUAACUUUUGUGUCAUAUCCAUUGAAUUGAUAAUAAUUAGUCAUGGUAAAAGUUUA